UGCGAAGAGCUCGACAUGUCAUUCAGAGGAAUCCGCCACCUGAAACGCGAGGAAGUGAAGGCGACUCAAUUGGGUAUAAAGCAUCAGCCAACAUCUGCCCCGAGCAGUGCAAAGCUGAUGAAAACAUCAGCUCGGAGCUCAUACAGGACCUCUCCGAUUUAUUUUAUUUCCUUUGGAUUUAUCGUUUGGCAUUACCGAGUCGGUGCAUCCAGGGAGACGCAUCUUUUUUCUGCACUUUGAGUGAAUGUGACUCCACAGCCAUCACUAUACUGGAAUUAACUGAUAUCCCCAGGGAUUUUUGCGCACCUGUUACCUCCACAGAGCGCGAGAUCAUGAUCCCUCCGGGAGACUGCAUGUAUGCGGGCAGAAAGAGGAGGAAGCCCGUCCAAAAACAGAAGCUGUCUUCUGCCAAUGAGAAAACCAACCCGUCCAAGCGGCACAGAGACAGGCUGAAUGCUGAGCUGGACCGGCUGGCCAGCCUGCUGCCGUUCCCCCCGGAUGUCAUCUCCAAGCUGGACAAGCUGUCCGUGCUGCGCCUUGCCGUUUCCUACCUCCGCGUCAAGAGUUUCUUCCAAGGGAACCAUGAGAAGCCCUCCAGGAAGCACAGUAUCAGCACGGCAUCCUCUAACCCUGAACCCAGGAAAGAGAGCACUCCACUGGGCAACGUCAGUGAAAGCAGCCUCCUCCUGGAAUCUCUAACAGGCUUUGCCUUGGUGGUGAGCAGUGACGGGAUGGUGUUUUAUGCCUCUUCAACCAUUGUGGACUAUUUGGGAUUUCAUCAGACUGACGUGAUGCACCAGAAUGUGUUUGACUACAUCCACAUAGACGAUCGUCAGGAGUUCAGACGUCAGCUCCACUGGGCCAUGUGUCCUCCACAGGGGUCCGCACACCAGGAUAACCAGCAAGCUGCGGGGACUGGUGAGGACUUUGUAGUGAGCAGCCUGUUCCAUUCUCCGGAGGCAGGGGGAAUUCCUCCUGAGCUCUCCUGCUUUCUCAACAGAUGCUUCAUUGCCAGAGUCCGAUGCCUAUUGGACAGCACCUCUGGAUUCUUGACGAUGCAGUUUCAGGGUCGGUUGAAGUUCCUCAAUGGUCAGAAAAAGAAGUCAGCCUCCGGGACUCUGAUGCCUCCCCAGCUGGCUCUGUUCUGCAUAGGUGUACCCCUCCUACUGCCCUCCAUCACUGAGAUGAAAAUGAAGAACAUGUUAAUGCGGGGAAAGAACAAGGGAGGAGUUGGAGGCAUUGAUGAGCGAGGAGAACACCUUCGUAGGCACUCCUUCAGUGGAGGAAUGGGAGACAUUACAGACCCUCUCCUCCUCUCCUGUCCCAUUCCCGGUGCUACCCAGCGGGGUCACCACACUCCCUGGACCCCGCUCUCCAAAGACAACAUCAAGUACCGCGCUGAUGGUUACUACAACCAGGAGGAGCCCCUCAACUACUGCAAGUCCACCAUGGCUCCCCAUAAAGGUGUCAGCCCAGGCCUGGGCGCCGGCUGGCCUCUGCGGCCCAACUCAGGCCCCCUCAGAGCGGGCCAGGGUGUCGGCUACAUCCCCUCUAACCGUAUGAACAAGACCGGCCAGUAUGGGAAGCCUUACCGCCUUUCCCCCAGCUGCCAAAGCGGCAGAGGUGGUGAGGUGUUUGUCUCUAAGCUCUACGGGAACCUCCAGAUUCCCACAGACCCAGAUGCCUACUGCGUGGACCUCGUGAAGAACGAGAAUGGCUACGGGGAAUGCUACAACGGCCAUCUGAUACCCGAGAUGCUACCCAUCAAGGUGGAGCACGACUCGGACUCUGAGAACGGCUGCGAUGCCUACGGGCGACCCUGGGCUUGUCGCGACCCAGAGGCCAUCGACCGUCGCUAUGGCAACGGCGUAUAUGACCAGAGCUCAGACCUCCAUCUCAAAUCUGAAGCCGAUUAUUAUGAUCCGCAGUACUCGCCCUGUCAGCGAGUGAAAGCAGGAAUAAGCCCGCCGUACAACAACGGCAACUAUCAGAACUAUGCUGUCACCAAUGGCGGGAACACAACCGGACGCCUGUUAAAAUGUGACAAAGACUUGGGCAAUAACAAUGACAACAGCCAGUUCAGUCCUCAGAGACUCUCUCACUCAGACUCUGUAUGCAGCAACCAAUCUAUCAACCUCAUGGAUUCACACGUCUAUCCACAGGACCCUCACAAGGCCUACAUGCACCAGGACUACGACAAGCAUGGAACGUAUGAGUACAAAGGUCACAGCCUCGUCCAUUCAAUCAAGCGGGAGCCCAUGGACUCCCCACCGUGGUCUGAGAGCGCUCGUGACAGAAGCCAGUCCAUGAUGAUGGUUGGUCCAAGGAACGUUAUGCCAUGUGUGAUGAGCACAGGGCACCACAAGUCCAGUCCCUACAUUUAUAUGCCAUAAGAGUGGUGCAAACACAGAAUCAUUUCACACACACACACACACACACACACACACACACACACACUCAAUCAGCGUACAUUAAAGUACUUUGUAUUGCGCCACAUGCACCAGCAUAACAAAAGGAUUCCCAGGAUGUCAACAUUUAAAUGACUUCUUCGCUUUGAUGAAGAGGUCACAAACAAGGCUCAGGUUCUAGUGUUAGUGUUGUGACAAUCAAAAAUAAUACUUUGAAUCCAGUUUAUGGAUAGAUGAUUUUGUUUUUAAGGAAUACGUUUUGUAGUUGGUUCCUAGCACUUUUGCAAUUUAGUGACAAUGAGACAAAUUAUGUCUAGAAACACAUUUUCAUUUUGUUUUAUGUGUUGUGUACACCUGGCUUUCGUGGGAGAAACAAAGAUUUUGUUGUAAAAAGAGACUUUGUACACAUGAGGUGACUUACACCUACUGCUGGGCUCAUCGAGGGAGGUGGCUGAGAGCACACUUAGGAGUCAGUGAUAACAACUUAAAGGAUAAUCUGCCUUGAUGGAGGUUUUGCAUGUUUUAGUGCUUUAACUAUAAUUCGUCUACCUUUUUCCAUUACUGCCCCCAGUGAUGUAUGAGUGGAAUCUACUGGUUUCUAUGCAUUUCAGACUUGUAUUAAAUCUGUCAGAUACUUGAAACUUAAUCAAUCGCAGUAAAAAAUAAUAAUAAUUGCGAGAUAAAACAUUUGCAACCAAUUUGCAUGACACAACCAAAUUCACAUGAUCUUUUUUACACAAACAUUGUGUCCUGAAUUUGAUUUUACAAGAACAUAGUAUACAAUGCAAUGCUUGAAUACACCAUGAAGGAAAGGUUUUUUUUAAUGGUUUCUCUUUGCAAUCCUUUGGGAGACUUAUGCAAUUUGUAGUUAAUGGACCAAAACAUGUAAAACUAUUGGCCAAAGCUUUAAGUAUAUUCACUACAUCUGUUUAUUAAAAAAUAAACUGAUUACACACAUGAAGGCAUACAUCAAUUGGGAAACAAACCCUUAACCAGGUGGUGGUUCAGACAUGUGCUCCUUGGCUUUGACCCACUGGGGGAGGAGACCCUCACACUAGAAUUGCCCUUUAAAUUGCAGGACCUAAGAUGAACUUGGACCUAAGAAAGAUGGUCUGCGCCGGUCAAAUGACUACGUUAAUGCCAGUUGAAGGUUUGUUUGGACAAGGUAGAAGUGUUAGUUUGAAUUGAAGGAAAAGAAGGCCGUCUGUUGUUAAAAGGUUCGAUGUUGAUAUGCACAAUCAUUUUAUCAUUUUAAGUCGUGCAACUCCUGUCGAACAUACAAAUAAUGAAUUAAUUUAUGUAAUUUUAUGUCAAAGCUAAUGUUGUACAGUUUGGAUUAGUGUUUAUGGCAAGAUCAGCAUUUCAACUCGAUACAGCCUAUCUCACUGCAGAUACGACACAUUUCCUUUGAAAUGAAUAUACACUUUUCAUGUUGUGUUUUGAGUCCGAAAAACAUCAGGCAUCGUCUUCACAAUCAAUAUUUAUGCACAAAUGAAUUAAAAGCACCAAAUUGAUUCAAUGUUAGAGUCUCAGUUCUGUGAAGCUACUGUUGUAGUUUCUAAAUUGCACUACUGGGAGUAGUUCAGUUGAAGUCCAGCCUACCCAGACAAGUUUAUGAGUCGACACGCACAACUGUACAUGGUGUCACUGUUUUGAAUUUUUCUUUUUCUCUUUGUGUGUGUUCAUUUCAAUAAAUGUUUGAUUAUUCGUAUUUAUUGUAAGAGGCAAAAGUGUAUAAUUUAAAAACUACAGUUUUGAAGGCUUUUCUGUUUCACUAAGGUAAAUAAAUAUGGCUUUGUUUUUCUUGCUAUCUUUUUGAUAAUUGUUAAAAAGACUGUCAUACUUGUCUCAUGGAGGCAGUAGCUGCAAGGUAGCGAACACAGUGUACAUAUGCAGUGUCUUCCAAUGUUUGUAUGUGUUUUUUGCAAAUGGGACUUAUCUAUUAAAAGACUUUUCUUUAUAUGGAAA